CGAACAAGAUGGUUGCGGAGGAAAGGAGGAAGAGGGCAGAAGCGGAAGAAGCUAUCAAAGAGGUGAAAGAAGAGCGGGAAGCUUUGAGAGAGACCAUCAAAGUUCUGGGAGGAAAAGUUGAUGAUGCUUCCAGUAGGGCGUCGACAGUGGAUGACGAGGAAGAGGCAGGAUCGGAUGAAAAUUCGUUCGCCCCCAGGGAUUUGGACAAGCAUUACGAAGCUUUGAGAAAGACCAUUCAUCAUGUUGGUGAGGGUAUUGGAGGGGAUGAAGUAGAUCAGGUGAUGUCAGGUAUAGGAGUCAUUCCAGAUGUCGGUGGACCGGGUAUCAUGCCGAUUCUGAAUGAAGUGAACAGGAGUGGGUUGGAGAUGGUCCCUUCUAUCGCACCUCUGUCUCCGAACCCAUGGGCCAGCGCCGAACCGUUUAAUCUUCCCCCUCAACCCGCAGUCCCAACUUUACGGGUGAUUGAGGGUACUCCACAAGAGUCUAUCUCACGAUCGGGCGCGGAAGAAAUUGGGCAGGUGGAAGUAGGAAAGAAUGAGUCUAGGAGCCAAGUGGAAGAGUUGGAUCGUUUGAUGGAGCGAUUGCAGCAAGAAGCAAAGGAUUGAAAAGUGUUAUGGAUUGGGUACUAGAGUAAUCUUGUCUUUCACGAUGUCAUUCUAAUCAUUGUUCGACUGCAUGUCAAGAUAGUACGAGUUAGUUAUAGGGUUGUUAGAGAUGGAUGCAUCAUGAGUUGUCCC